UUCACAAAGCUGUAACACCAUAACUUACACCACACGUUCCAUUCACUCAUUUAUGGGGCAUGAUAAUGGACUGGAUUAUAAACCUUUCUCUUUACUUAACAGGUGUUCUGACUUUCAACAUUGACCCUGUUGCUUGGAAGCACAUUAGCACACCUGCUGAUGGGUUUGGCUACAAAGUGGUACAGUGGAACCCAAAUAGCUUGCUCAUUAGCGCACCUCUGGAGCAGUAUGAACAAAAUCGGAGGGGAAAAGUUUACAAAUGCCAAGUCGGAGGUUCAGAUUGUAAGGCACUAUCAAUAACCGUGCCUAGUCAAGGGAUCAAUAUGUCCCUUGGUUUGUCCAUGACAAAGGAUCCCAUGUCAUCAAAGGCCAUGGUAUGUGGACCAACAAUCCCAAGAGAGUGCAAAACCAUCACCACCUAUAAUGGGAUGUGCUUUCAAAUUGAGCAAAGUCUUUCUGUUGGGUCAGCUGUGCCUUCAUCUCUGGAAGAAUGUCCUGGACAAACAGAUAUAGCUUUUCUACUGGAUGGUUCUGGCAGUGUAAACCCUACCGAUUUUGUCCGGAUGAAAACCUUUGUAAAAGAUCUGAUCAGUCCAUUUCUAGAAAGGGAUACUAGGUUUGCACUUGCACAGUAUUCAGGAUAUUGUCAAAUACAUUUUAAAUUUACUGACAAUGUUGACAUAUCUCAAGUUGAUAAAAUUAGUCAACAAGGAGGAGGGACUUACACAGCAGCCGCCAUCACUAAAGUUGUCCAAGAGAUCUUUAAUAGUGAAGAACACAGGAAGAGGAUCUUGAUAGUCAUUACUGACGGACAAUCACAUGACAGUCCGAAGCUGAAGAAUGCAGCUUCUGAGGCUGAAAAGAAAAACAUUAUUCGGUUUGCCAUUGGGGUAGGUCGUGCCUUCAGGACGUCAUCAGCUAUGGAAGAGUUAAACACAAUUGCCUCCUCUCCAUCCAACAAACACGUGUUUCAAGUGGGAAGUUUUGAAGCACUUAAUCAAAUCAAGGAUACAUUACAGAGCAGUAUUUUUCCUAUUGAAGGAUCUCUGACCAAUGGAGAAUCUAUUAAGAUGGAAAUGGCCCAGGAGGGAUUCAGUGCAGCAUAUUUGCCUUUGGAAGGAUACCUGUUGGGAUCUGUUGGAGCCUUUCAGUGGAGGGGCGCUUACCUGGAAUACAAAAGAAGCACUAUAAAAGCCACUCCACAGCAAAGUCAGAAAAUGGAACCAGAUAGCUACAUGGGAUAUUCCAUGGCUGUAGCUAGAACCCGUUUUCGUCAGCUCACGAUAUUAGGAGCUCCAAGAUUUAACCACACUGGGCGAGUGGUGGUGUUCUACUCCAAUGAAAAGCCAAUAGAAGCCAAUGAAAAGCCAAUAGAAUUUUCAGGACAGAUUGGUGCUUAUUUUGGCGCAGAAAUCUGUGUGGUGGAUUUAGAAAAUGAUUUCUAUACGGAUCUUGUCCUCAUAUCUGCUCCAAUGUUCAAAGACAAAGACAGAGAGGGCCUGGUCUUUGUCUGUACCAUCAACACCUUGUUUGAGUUGGUCUGUACAUUUAAUGCUGAGAUGACACUGAAGGGAGCUGCAGGAAUUAUUGGCCGAUUUGGAACUUCUCUUGCCCCACUCCCUGAUCUGAAUGUGGAUGGUUUCAACGAUCUAGCUGUUGGAGCACCUCUGGAAAACAAUGGCCAAGGAAGCGUCUACAUAUUCCAUGGGUCAAGUAAUGGAAUACGCAAAAUCUAUUCUCAGAGAAUUUCAGGCUCAGAUGUACAGUCUGGUUUAAUGUUUUUUGGAUUGUCUAUCAGCCCGUCUUCUUUGGACAUGAGCUUAGACUCUCUCCCAGACUUGGCUGUGGGAUCUAAGGGUGCUGUCAUCAUACUCAGGUCAAGGCCUAUAGUAACAGUUACAACAGAAGUGUUCUUCAGCCCAUCCAAAAUCUCCACAAAGUCUUCAAGUUGCAAUACUCCUCAUAAAAACACUGCUAAAGUCUGUUUCACCAUGACCAAAAAAACUGCAGAAGCUACAAAAGGUCAAGCAAGGGUUAAUUAUACUUUGACCCUGGAUGUGACUCGCCAAGCUCCAAACUAUCGUGCUUAUUAUAACAGCCAAGAUAAGAUAAGGAAGAAAACUGAAACUGUCACCUUGACAAAUGAGAGGAUGUGCUUCGACCAGCCCUUCUUAAUUAUGGGUUGCCCAGAUGACGCCCUAAAUGAAUUGUCCAAUGAACUUGAUUUCACAUUUGAAGGGAUUCAAUUUUCUGGAGGGCUCAGUCCAAGUCUUUCCCCACAGUCUCGGACUACCUCAUAUCAUCCAUUAGGUUUUGAGAUCAACUGUGGAACUGAUAACAACUGUGUUGACAACCUGAAAGUGGAUUUUAAUUUCACUGGAUCCUUAGAGAUGAAAGUGGGCAUAGAUGAUGUACUAAAUGUGACAGUGUCAGUUGAGAGCCUGGAAGAAAACUCUUACAACAGUCGUGUCAUUGUCACUUACCCUGCAGGACUGUCAUUUAGGAAGUUCACCACAAUCCAAGGAAGAGUGGAGUGUAACUCCAUGGACAGUGAGCAUGGUGUGACACCAGGACAGAGUGACUGCGUCAUUAACAAGCCCAUCUUCAGAAGCAAUUCCAAGGCUGUCUUUGUCCUUUCCUAUGGAAUAGACAGCAACCGUCAGUUUGAACAAAUGGUGACUUUCACUGCAAAUGCUUCAAGUGGAAAUAAUGCACACUCUCUGAGCAGUGAACUUUUCAGAGAGAAGAAAAUUGGUGUGAAAUACAGCAUAUAUGUUUUGAUCACAAGACAUGAGGAUUCAACUCAGUACAUUAAAUUCACUGCCGGGAAAAAUGAUUUGCAGAAACAUGUGAAACAAUCAUUUGUGGUUGUGAAUUAUGUAAGAGAUUUUAAUCUUACUGUGAUAAUCAAGGUGCCAAUGAAACUUGGAGACAAAAGUAUUUGGGCUGAUCAAAACAGCAUACAGAUUCCAGGUUGUCAUAGAGACAAGAAUGAGGGACCAAUUUCCACAGACUUUGUUUACAAACUGAAGAAAGAUUCUAUUUUGGACUGCUCUGUUGCAACCUGUGGGGUGUUCAUGUGCAAUGUCUUCAUAAGAAAAGAUGCUCACAACUCUUUCAACAUUUCUGGCAAUCUCAGCUCUGGAUGGAUAGAACAGAUUGGUCUUGAGUCUGCCCAAUUCAGCUUGGUCAGCACAGCCACUCUUGCUUACGACAGGAACCAAUACAUCUAUUUUUCUUCAGACUCAAAAAACAACCCACAUUUCCAGACGAUUGAAACUCAGGUGGAGGUCUACACUGAGGUUAACUUCACAAAGGAGAUUAUUGGUGGUGCUGUGGGAGGUCUGUUCCUGUUAGCUUUGAUCACUGCUGGGCUGUAUAAGGCUGGAUUUUUCAAGAGUCAUUACAAGCAGAUGAUGAAUGAUGCAUCAGGUGAUAUGCCAGGGAAUGAUGGAGAAGCUGCCCUGGCUGAAUAACAAUAAACAACUGCAUUUGUUCACAAAUAUAAAGGUUAUAGUUCAUUAAAAAAAAAAAAU